AUGGCUAGAAAAUUCUAUAAUCUAAUAUUGAAAAGUCGAUCGAAUGAAGAGGUGAGAACCCUUAUUGAGGACAGUUAUGCUGCUAGCCUUUCUCUUGUUGAAGAACUACUAACAACCAUCAAUGACACUUCUGAAGCAGAGACUAACCAAGCUACUGAAGUAGAGACCAACCAAAAUACUGAAGUAGAGACUAACCAAGCUACUAAAGCAGAGACCAACCAAAAUACUGAAGCAGAGACUGACCAAGCUACUGAAGUAGAGACUAACCAAGCUACUAAAGCAGAGACUAACCAAGCUUCUGAAGCAGAGACUAACCAAGCUACAUCAUCAAGUACAACAACUGAGGCACCUCUUAUGUUAGAUCCUGAACGUACAACAACAAAAGCAAGGAACAAAAGGCCACGAGGACCACUAGAGAAGAAAAGAAAGAAGACUGCAGUACCACCACUUGAGUUUGGAGCUAUAACCCCUAAUUUUGAGACUAUUUUGAUUGAUCUUAGAUAA